AAAGACCUCAUGAAGAAGAAUCCGUCCGUGUUUAAGAAUGGAGCUUUCCCCUACCUCCUCUAGCAAGAUCAUCUCCCGCAAGACAACAACUGUGCACAAUGUAUACAAAGAAACUCCUUGCCUUGCUGGCAGCCCCCUUCCUGGCCCAAGCGGCCAUCGAGCCGGGGGAGCUUGUCACAAUCACCAGCGCCGCCGACAGCACCAACCAAGCUGCCUGGUGGGCGCCGCUGGACCAGUACGGCGGCUACGACUGGUUCGCCUAUCUUCGCAACCCGCCCGGCGGAUCUACGAGCAACAACAAUGUCAUGGUGGCGCGCCGCUCCAUAUCUGAUGGGGCGAUUUACCGUGACUGCGUCAAGACGUCGUCGGGCGAAUGUGCAGUGUUUGCAGACGACGCCGGACACAACACGCCCAGCAUCGCCGUGGACGGAGACGGCUUCGUCCAUGUGUUCACCAGCAUGCACAACGAGCAGUGGAAGUACUUCCGUUCCUCGGCCGCCUACAGCAGCACACUGGUCGACCGAAGCUCAGAGAUGCCAGACCAGACGACCAUAUUCACCUACCCGAUGGUGAAGCGCGGCAACAAUGGUAACCUGUGGUUGAUCAUCCGAGGACAGGCCUCUGGUGAUAGUUCUGCCAAGGGCGGAUACUUCUAUAGGUAUUCCACGUCCUCCAAGCAGUGGACGCGCGUCAGCAUUUGGGCCUACAACACCGGCUACUCUGUCUACCCGGACGACAUACAGUUCUCCUCCGACGGUGAUGUCCACCUGCAAUGGGAGUGGAGCAAGUAUCCAGCGUCCGCCGUCCGUCACGAGGGCAGCUACCUUCGCUACAGACCGUCUACCAACACCUACCGAACAAUCACAGGCGCCACCGUGUCCCUCCCCGUCACGCAAUCAACUCCUGAUCUCGUCUUCCAGCCUCUCACAUCGGGUGAAAGGUACGGAGGGGACAUCAACGCCUCGCCAGGACCGGCGUUUCAGAGCGCCAAGCUCGCACUUUAUGAAGACUCGGUCGGCACCGUCCAUGUCUCCAGUGGCUACCGAUUCAAGAACACGACAGAUGGCGCGUGGCAAGUCCGACGAGCCACAGCCACCUUUGGCGCAACCAAUCCAUGGACCCGCGAGAUUAUCUACGCCGGCGUGGAGACGACCGCGGCACUUGGUAUCACGCACGACCGCACGACGGUCCGAAUCUACUACUGUCGCCAGGGAGACAGCGCCUAUGUGCUGGAGAAGACGAGCAACACGGGCUGGACGAACACAGCCCUCGCGCCGGCCCAGGGCAAGCGGGUUGAGCGCCUGCAUGCUGUCAUGCAAGCCGAUGGGGUGGAUGUCCUGUACCUUGGUUCACCGACGAAUGUCAACUCGUCGACGGGGAGUGUGUACCGGUUGGCCGUCGGUGGGAGAGCGUGAGCAAUGUUAGCAGAGGGGAGGCGAGGUGUUGGGAAGAUUGAUUAAUUCUCGGAUAAGCCUAGAAAUCUAGUCACCU